AAGAUCAACAAGAAAAAUUCCCAGGAGCCAUGUCAGCCUCCAAUACCACCUCAACACAUCCAGCUGCCUUCUUGUUGAUGGGGAUUCCAGGCCUGGAGCACUUGCACAUCUGGAUCUCCAUCCCCUUCUGCUCAGCAUAUACACUGGCCCUGCUUGGAAACUGCACCCUCCUUCUCAUCAUCCAGGCUGAGGCAGCCCUCCAUGAGCCCAUGUACCUCUUUCUGGCCAUGCUGGCAACAAUUGACCUAGUUCUUUCUUCUACAGCGCUGCCUAAAAUGCUUGCCAUAUUCUGGUUCAGGGAUCGGGAGAUCAACUUCUUUGCCUGUCUGGUCCAGAUGUUCUUCCUUCACUCCUUCUCCAUCAUGGAGUCAGCAGUGCUGCUGGCCAUGGCCUUUGACCGCUAUGUGGCCAUCUGCAAGCCACUGCACUAUACCACAGUCCUGACUGGGUCCCUCAUCACCAAAACUGGCAUGGCUGCUGUGGCCCGGGCUGUGACCCUGAUGACUCCACUCCCCUUCCUGCUGAGAGGCUUCCACUACUGCCGAGGCCCAGUGAUUGCCCACUGCUACUGUGAACACAUGGCUGUAGUGAGGCUGGCAUGUGGGGACACUCGCUUCAACAAUAUCUAUGGCAUUGCUGUGGCCAUGUUGAUUGGAGUGUUGGAUCUCUUCUUUAUCAUCCUAUCUUAUAUCUUUAUCCUUCAGACGGUUCUCCAGCUCUCCUCUCAGGAGGCCCGGUACAAAGCAUUUGGGACAUGUGUGUCUCACAUAGGUGCCAUCUUAGCCUUCUACACACCCGCAGUCAUUUCUUCAUUCAUGCACCGUAUGGCCCGUCAUGCUGCCCCUCAUGUCCACAUCCUCCUUGCCAAUAUCUAUCUUCUCUUCCCACCCAUGAUCAAUCCCAUCAUCUAUGGUGUUAAGACCAAGCAGAUCCGUGGCAGAGUCUUAGGAGUAUUCCUGAGAAAGGAUGUAUGAAUAGAGUGAGGGAUAAGUGGAGAAAGAGUGGGGCACAGUGAAUGCUGUAGCGGGCCAGGGCUGUGAUGAGAAGUAGGUGGCUGCUGGACUCCAUGUUUAGUUCUUUCCUUGUAUUGUGAAAAAAAUACAUGUUGUCCUGAAACUCAGAGCCAAGUCUGUUUAGGAUUUGUGGGUCUUUUUCCUCUGGUAGCCCCUGAGUUGAACCUGGUAACUGUGCCAUCUCCUCACAGAGCCCCACUCCUGUCAGUAACUUGGCAGUCUUGACCCUCUGGCCUCCUGGGGACUUCCUUCACUGAAGGACACAAAGAUGCUUCCAUGUUCAUUUGCUUAAGAGAAGGCUGUGAAAAUCUGAAUUUCUAUCUCUGACUCAUUGGAAAUUUGAUGUAUUAUCCACUCAGAUUGCUGAGUGAGGACCCCUACUCCAUCCAAUGCAGGAAUUCCUCUUUACUAACAGUUGAUGUCCAGAUUCUGCCUAAACACUGUAAGUGCUGGUGCACUUGCAUCCUCCAGGUCUAUUUAUUCCAAGUGAGACAACUCUGCUUAUUAGAAAGUUAUUUCUUCAACUAAGCCAGUCUGUAUUCUUUGACUUCCUUUUACCUCUUCAUCCUCAUGACUAAUCCGUCUCAUUAAAUACUUUGAA